AUGAGAUCCAUACUGAAGCAUUUGGACAAAAUGAGAUGCUUACGAAAGCGAUCUGCGGUUUCCUUCCUAGGAGUCCUGGUCAUUUGCUUGUUGUUCAUGAACUUAUACAUUGAAGAUAGCUAUGUCUUGGAUGGAGACAAACAGUUAAUCAGAGAAACAGCCACACAUCAAUUAAACUCAGAACGAUAUGUUCACACAUUUAAAGAUCUGUCCAAUUUCUCAGGAUCAAUAAAUGUUUCCUAUCGUUAUCUGGCUGGCACACCUUUGCUAAGAAAAAGGUAUCUCACCAUCGGACUGUCUUCCGUUAAAAGGAAAAAGGGGAAUUACCUGCUGGAGACAAUUAAGUCCAUCUUUGAGCAAUCAAGUUACGAAGAGCUGAAAGAAAUUGCUGUGGUGGUCCACUUGGCAGAAUUUGACUCAUCCUGGUGUGAUGGAAUGGUUCAAGAUAUUUCACAGAAAUUUGCCCAUCAUGUAAUUGCAGGGAGGUUAAUGGUGAUCCAUACACCUGAAGAAUACUAUCCAGUAUUGGAUGGCCUUAAGAGAAAUUAUAAUGACCCAGAAGACCGGGUGAAAUUUCGUUCAAAGCAAAAUGUAGAUUAUGCUUUCUUACUUAACUUUUGUGCUAACCUCUCUGAUUAUUAUAUGAUGUUAGAAGAUGAUGUUCGAUGUGCAAAAAACUUCUUGACUGUUGUUAAGAAAGUCAUAACUUCACGAGAAGGAACAUACUGGGUGACACUAGAAUUUUCCAAGUUGGGCUACAUUGGGAAGUUAUACCAUUCCCAUGAUCUCCCCCGCCUGGCCCAUUUUUUGCUGAUGUUCUACCAGGAAAUGCCUUGUGAUUGGCUGCUGAUACAUUUCCGUGGUCUGUUGGCUCAAAAGGAUGUGAUACGUUUCAAACCAUCUCUCUUCCAGCAUAUGGGAUAUUAUUCAUCCUACAAGGGUGCUGAGAAUAAAUUGAAAGAUGAUGACUUUGAAGAGGAUUCAUUUGACCUUCCUGAUAACCCACCUGCCAACCAGCACACUAACAUGAAUGUUUUUGAAAAUUAUGAGGCAAGCAAGGCAUAUAGUAGUGUGGAUGAGUACUUCUGGGGCAAAUCACCCUCGACUGGAGAUUUCUAUAUGAUCGUGUUUGAAAAACCUAUUAAAAUUAGCAGAAUUAAAGUUGUCACUGGGACAGAAGACCGACAAAAUGAUAUCUUGCAUCAUGGUGCUCUGGAAGUUGGGGAAAAAAUUGUUGGGGGCAAAAAAGGGAGGCAAUGUACUACUUUCUUGCGACUAGGGGAGUUUAAAAAUGGAAACUUGGAAAUUACAGAUGUGGAGCACAAAGUUCUUUUUGAUAUUAACUGUAUGAGAAUACUUGUUACCAAAAGCCAAAAGGAAUGGUUAAUCAUUCGGAGCAUUAGCAUAUGGACUUCACAACCACUAAGUCAAUAA